AUGGAUGAUAUAAGCGGAAGGCAAACUUUACCUCGAAUAAACCGUUUGUUGGAGCACGUGGGAAAUCCCCAAGAUAGUUUGUCAAUCCUACAUAUAGCGGGAACAAAUGGUAAGGAGACAGUAUCUAAAUUUUUGACAUCCAUAUUGCAGCAUCCGGGGCAACAGCGGCAAAGGGUCUUGAUUGGUAGGUAUACUACAUCUUCCUUGCUAAACGCCAAAGAAGAGGAUAUUAGCAUUAAUAAUGAAGCCAUUUCCUUGAUAGAGUAUUCUAGGAUCGAGAAGGAACUUAUAGAAGCAGAUAGUUCUUUGAAAUUACAGUGCAACAACCUCGAACUGCUAACAAGCGUAGCUCUCGUAUACUUCGCUAAGAAAAAUUGCCAAUGGUGCAUAAUAGAAACUGGUUUAGCUGGAAAACAGGACCCUGGAAGUAUAAUUGCUGGUCAAAGUAGAGUCUGUUGCGCCAUUACUAACGUGGGCAUUAGCGAUGAAGCUUUUUUAUGCAAGUUUUUGUCUCAAAUUACUGAAAGUUCCACAAAUAAAGCAAUUUUUCUAUUAGACGGUUCUAAUGACGAAUUUGUACGAAAUACGAUAACGAAACGGUGCCAUGAUGUUGGAUGUCCAUUAGAAAUCACCGACCCUUCUCUUAGGGAUUACAAUGUACACACAGACACAUGGGGCACUCUUGAAGUUCGCCUGCCAUACAGUGAAGAAGAAUAUCAAAUAUUUAAUUUGAGAGUUGCGAUAGCGGUUUUAGACUUUUUGAGCAAGGAAAAAAAGGUUUGUAUUUCAAAGGAUCAACUAUCCCAAGGUUUAAUAUCUGUGGAUUGGCCAAGAAGUUUACAUCGCUUGGAUUACUGUUAUGAAUCUACUAGUGGAAAGAAAAUCGCAUUACUAUUAGACAACGCAAAUAAUGCGAAGGCAGCUCGAAAUUUAGCCUGCCAUUUAAGGACCACGUACGGUGAUACGCCAUUAACAUUUGUCAUUGCUAUAACAACUGGGAAAAAGGUGUCUCCCUUACUUGAUCCGCUAAUACGUCCACAAGAUUAUGUUAUUGUGACUAGAUUUGGGUCAGUGGUUGGAAUGCCGUGGAUCCAAUCCCUAGAACCGGUGAAUCUUCUCGCAUUUAUCAAAAACCGGUAUACGAGAAAUGUUAACAUGCAGCCGGAUCUUCAAAGUGUCUGGACCUUCCUUGAAACAAGUGGGUUAAAGACGAUUGUUCCUGUUAUCGUAUGUGGAUCACUGUAUAUCUGCAAAGAGCUAUUGCGCUUACACAACUGUCACUUGCCAGUAUAG